AUGUCAAAGAGGCCAACACCAGUGGUAGCACGGAAACGUACCCCUCCCAACCCAAACCCAGAAUACGAGUUCCUCGGACCACCAGGCGCCGUGGCAAUGUGCAUUGUCCUCCCCCUGAUCACCUACGGGCUCUACUACAACUGCCGUGCCGGAUUCGGUUGUAUCCCUGCCUACUGGGACUCCAAGGAUGGCUUCUGGCCCUCGAUCGGUUCUAACCCCACCAGCUACCACAAGGAUCUCUGGAACUUUUUCGUCUCGACCUGGGAUUUCGAUGCUUUCAAGGUCUACUCGGCUUUCAUGGUCUUUUUGUUUGUCACAUACUUUGUCAUCCCCGGAAAGGUGGUCGAGGGUGCUGUUGUUGGGGGAGUCGGAGGAACCCCCUUGACCAAGGAUCGAUCCAACUACAAGCUCAAAUACAAGGUCAAUGCCCUCCGGACGUUGGUGCUCAUGGCUCUCAUGACUGCCGCUACCCUCUACACCCAGGGUGUCAAGCCCUUCCUGUUCCUUUAUGAGCACUUCAUCGGCCUGAUCACCGCCUCCCUCAUCUGGACCUUUGGCGUGUCGAUCUUUGUCUACAUCUGGUCCUUCCUUCCCGAUGGCGAUGGUCAAGAGAAAAUCCUUUCCUGCGGAGGAAAUACCGGCACCAAGGUCUACGACUUCGUUCUCGGCCGUGAACUCAACCCUCGCUUCAGCUCAUCGCCCGACUCGACAUUCGACAUCAAGUACUUUAUCGAGCUCCGUCCUGGUCUCAUCGGCUGGAUCUUUUUGAACUUUGGCAUGGCCUGCCAACAGUACCACACCCUCGGACGCAUCAGCAAUUCGAUGGCCGCCGUUCUCUUCUUUGAGACCUUUUACGUUGUCGACUCUCUCUGGAACGAAUCAGCUGUCUUGACAACUAUGGACAUCACCACCGACGGAUUCGGCUUCAUGCUCGCCAAUGGAUUGUUGACCUGGUUGCCCAUGAACUACUCGCUUCAGGCUCGUUUCUUGGCUGAUUUCCCUGUCGAUAUGAGCUUGACCCAUGCUCUGAUUGUUAUUGUGACCCAGUGCGUUGGAUACUACAUUUUCAGGAGCGCCAAUGGACAGAAGGAUAACUUUAGACGCUACGGUGCCGAUCAUCCUGUGAACAAGGGCCUAAAGUACAUGGAGACAAAGACGGGAUCCAAAUUGCUAAUCAGCGGAUGGUGGGGAACUGCUCGCCAUAUCAACUACUUUGGCGACUGGCUCAUGGCACUUGCUUGGUCCUUGCCCUGUGGCCUGUCGAGCCCUCUCCCAUACUUCUACCCAAUCUACUUUGCCGUGCUCCUGAUCCACCGCGGGUUGAGAGACGAGGAAAAGUGCCACAAGAAGUAUGGCAAGGACUGGGACAAGUACUGCGAAACUGUCCGCUGGCGCAUCAUCCCAUACGUCUACUAA